AUGUACUCGCCCGCGCCCGCCUCCAUGGACGCCUACGCGCCGUGGCGCAAGCACACGGCGUGGACCGCCCGCGUCCACGAAACCCGCGGCCCCGAAAACCACGCCCACGAGAACCACGGCCCCGAGAACCACGCCCACGAGAACCACGGCCCCGAGAACCACGGUGCUCAAAACCACGCCCACGGCCACGGCGGCCGUGGCCACGAGCACCGCGGGCACCUUCACUGCGUGGCCGCGGGCGGCGCCGCCAUGCCGCCCGGCGCCGUCCAGCACGCGCCGCCGCUCGCCGCGUACUCGCCGGCGCAGUGUGGGCCGAGCGAGGCCGUGGCCGAGUACAGCCGCGCGGUGCAGCGGGCGGCGUGGGGCGGCGGCCGCGACGUGGCGGUGCUUCUGCCGCGCGUGCUGGCGCGGCUCGACACGUUGCGCCGGCUCCGGGCCACGGGGCACGCCACGCUUGCGCCCGUGGGCGUCCACCGCACCAUGCGCGAGCUCGCCGAGGAGGCGUGCUUGGCCGCGGCCGACGACGCGCCGGGCGGCCACGCGGAGAACCUGGUGGCCAGCCACGCGGGCGACGCGCUGGGGCUUGCUGCGGCGGGAAGUCCGCUGGGGGCGGGGGACGCGCUGCCCCCGAACACCCUGGCGCCGGCAAACACCCUGGCGCCGGGCCUCGCGGCCAUGGGCGUGCUGUUCCCCGACGUGGACUUGGACGCGGGCGUGCCCGACGCGGACCUGGACUUGGACGCGGGCGUGCCCGACGCGGACUUGGACGUCGGCUCGGACGCCGGCCCCGCCGCGUACAUGGCCGCGGACGUCGAGUACCAGCACGACCACAGCCUCUGGCCCGCGAGCGGCGCGGCCACGUCCGCGUCGGUGUCCACGGGCUCCGUGCUCCCGGCGCCGAGCGCGGCCACGCGCCCCUCGUCCACGCUGGCGCCGCCCUCCCGCGCGUGCGACGACUCGGACGUGGACAUGACGCUCGAGUAG